CGAGUUUAUCCCUAUAAAUAAUAGUGUCCUUAUUUACAGAAUUUGGGAGCACUAAAAAAAAUCUCUGAAGACAUCAGGAUUAUUCAGAUGGUACACAAUGAGGGUCCUCUUCUUUCUGAGUGUCAGUGUGGCUCUACUUUAUAUGGUCACCAGUGAUCACCAGGAAGGACACCACGAUAAUGAUAAGCAUAACCACAAGGAUCACGCAGAUGGUGACCACAAGCAUGACUACCAGGACAAAGGAAAGCACCAUCACCAUCACAAUGAAUCAACAGAAUGCCACAAAAUAGCCCCAGGCAAUAACCAAUUUGCAUACAAGCUUUUCAGACAGGUAACUGCAGAUCAUCCAUCUGAAAACAUUUUCUUCUCCCCGGUGAGUAUUUCCACUGCAUUUGCUAUGCUAUCCUUGGGUGCCAGGUCUCAGACCCACAAUCAGAUCAUUGAAGGUCUGAACUUCAAUAUCUCAGAGAUAUCAGAGCAAGAGAUCCAUGCAGGCUUCCAACAUCUCCUAGAAAUGUUACAUGAACCUGACAAUGAGUUGCAGCUCAACAGUGGGAACGCCCUGUUUAUAAGCAAAGAAAGGAAGUUACUUCAAAAGUUCUUAGAAGAUGUCAAGAAAUUCUAUGAGGCAGAGGCAUUUUCUACUGAUUUCCACAAUGCUGAAGAGGCAAAAUCUCAGAUCAACAGUUAUGUGGAAAAGAAAACAAAUGGGAAAAUUGUUGAUUUGAUAAGCAGCGUUAACCCAGACACUGCACUAAUUCUAAUAAACUAUAUUUACUUCAGAGGCAAGUGGGAACAACCUUUUGAUGAAAAGCAUACACGAGAAGGUGAUUUCCAUGUUGAUGAAAAAACUGUGGUGAAGGUUCCAAUGAUGUACAGAAGCAGCUACUACAAGGUAGUACAUGACAGGGAUCUUGGUUGUACUGUGGUAGAACUACUAUACAAAGGAAAUGCCUCAGCAUGGUUUAUUUUGCCAGAAGAAGGAAAACUUAAUGCAGUGGUAGAAGAUCUUGGGAAACCCACCAUAAUAAAAUGGAUAAAGAAUUUUCAUAGAGGGUACAUCGAAUUAAGGAUCCCCAAAUUUACCAUUUCUACCACUCUUGACCUUAUACCAGAGCUUAGUAAAUUUGGUGUCACAGAUCUAUUUUCAGAUAAAGUCGACCUAUCUGGGAUUACAGAAGAGGAAAACUUGAAGGUCACCAAGGCUGUCCAUAAGGCUAUACUAAGUGUGGAUGAAAGUGGGACAGAAGCUGCAGGUGCUACAGGUGUGGAGAUUGUAAGCGUGAUGAUGCCACCAUCUAUCACUAUAGACAGACCUUUUAUUGUAUCUAUUUACCAUAAACCAACCAAAAGCUUAACUUUUAUUGGAAAGAUUGUCAACCCCUUAAAAUAGUCCAUCUCAUACUGCAAUCUUUCUGAAAUAAAAUUUGCUCUUUCCUA